AUGGCCUCUAUCGUAAUUUCCGUGUUUGAAAUUGCAGUUGGUUUGCUUGGGGCCAACAUAAAAGGAAAGGCAGCGGAGAUGCUUAGAGAUGGAGAUGUAACCGAUGAAGAAUGUCGGGAUUUGGUCAUGACGGAAAUCAAUGACAUCAAAUCAAUGUUGAAAGGAGUUUCAAGGAAAGACUUGAGAGCCAGUAUCUCUUAUUUUAAAGAAGGCAUUGGGUACUUAUAUCAAUUCUUUGACGAGGCAAGGAUCCAUCGCGAGUACAACGCGGAAACAGCGCAUGCUGUUAGCAAUGAAGCCCUUUUGCUCACAGAAGAAAUGACAAAAUUGGAUCUUAAGGGCUUGGAUGACUCUACCAACCAAGAUCUUUCAAGUGCAAAAGAGCGAUUCAAACUUGCUCGGGAAAAAGCCACAGAGGCUUUCGCUAAUGAAGCACUAAACAUAUCCGACCGCCUUCUUGCAACACGAUACCGAAUUAUGGCGACCAUACUUGAGACAGUGGACAAUCCCAAAAGAGCAUUAGUACCCUGCAAAGUAUGCAUUGAAGAAUUAAAUUGCCUUCCAGCGGUUCAGAAUAAUUUUGGUGUUCAGGUUACAAGAGGCAUCAAGUCUGUCAAGGGUUGGUUUAGAAAAAAGGAACGAGGGACACUAAUUUCCAGUGUAUGUUCCAUGAAUCGGGUCCUCUACGAUGUCUCACGAAUAGUGCUCGGUAGAUGUCCUUUGGAGAAGGCAUGGCCCACUGUUGAUACCGGAGGGAGCGCAGUUGAUCCAUUGCGUGACGAAAGAAUAAUUAAUGCGCUCCGAAAUCAGGGCAUUGAGGAUUUUUGCGUGAAAUGGUCCUUUGGUAAGGACGAACUGAAAUGGGUGUCAGGCAUCGCUACAAACUCUAGCGGACAAUUUAUUUUGACAGAACACGCAAGUGCCAAUAUCAAGGUGUUUGACAGCCACGGCAAGUUGAAAAAACGUAUCAGUCUACCGGACAAGGCGAUUCCUUUGGAUGUAGCCACUGACUUCAACGACGAUAUCUAUGUGCUGGUUGUCAUCUUGUCUUCAGAUGAGGUAAACUCGAAUACCAGCCGCUGUUCAGGAAAUGAGCCCAAAUUCCCCCCCUCGAGAGGAUCGAAGACCGAAUCUCAGAAAUGUGUGGAAAUCGAGGCUAUCGAUGAGGGAACCCUAUGGGUUUACAAGUACACUGAAACUGACGUCUAUCAACAACCUUCGGGCAAAGGAGGCUGGGAUAGCAAGCUAUCGGUCGAUGAGCGUGGUAAUAUGAUUGUUUUGAGGAUCGGGAAUGGGAUGUCUAUGGAACGUGCGUUGGAAAAAUAUGACAUUAAGUGGCGGCUUGUUCGCAGGUUUAGAGAGGAAACUGCAAUGAAAAACUUGAGGGAUAUCACUUCUGUUAAUGACGGUCAAGUCAUGGCAUUGGAUAAGGCGGGUCGCCUUAUUCACAUCUUCAGUGAAAACGGGGAACAUCUUCGGGAGUUUAAGCUGCAAACAAUCUAUGAACCCGACAUCAUAACUUUUCAUCGGAAAAGUGGACAUGUCGUUGUAGCUGGUGUUAGAGAAGAGAACGAGUGUCUGGUUGUGGAAAUAUACACCAAAACCGGCAAGUUUAUACAAAGCUUCCAAAUCUACGAGAAAGGAAUA